AUGGCUGCGCCCAACACGCCACAUUGUCAGAACUUUGCACCACUAAAGAAUGACUUGAUCCUAAGAGCUGCAAGAGGAGAGAGAACAGAGAGAGUGCCUGUCUGGUUAAUGAGGCAAGCUGGACGUUACUUGCCAGAGUAUAAAGAGGCCAAAGGAAAGACAAAGUUUUUUGAAACAUGCAGAAAUCCAGAAUUAGUAUCAGAGCUUACUUUGCAGCCAAUCCAGAGAUUCAACUUAGAUGCUGCCAUCAUAUUUUCAGAUAUUUUAGUUAUUCCAGUUGCCAUGGGUCUCACUGUUGCCAAUGACCCAGGAGAGGGUCCAGUUUAUGGAAAUCCUAUAUCCAGCCCUGAUGAUUUGAAGAUUCUGAAUCCAAAUUUUGACAUUCUUACCGAACUUGGCUAUGUCUAUGAAGCAAUCACAUUAACAAGGGUUAAACUUGAAGGGAGAGUCCCCUUGAUUGGUUUUACAGGAGCUCCAUGGACAUUGAUGAAAUUCAUGAUAGAAAAUGUCAGUGCAGGACCAAAUCCAAAUAAAGCAAGAACGUUUCUAGUAGAACAUCCUGAUGCCAGCCAUCAGCUUUUGGGGAUGCUGAGAGAUGCUAUCACAAGACAUCUUGUUUAUCAGGUUAAAGCUGGAGCACAGCUGCUUCAGGUUUUUGACUCAUUUGCUGGAGAGCUGGGCCCUCACCUUUUCUCAAAGUUUGAAUUACCAAUUUUGAAGCAGAUUGCAAAGGAUGUUAAGGAGAAACUGCUUGAAUUGAAUUUAGAUCCAGUUCCAAUGAUUGUGUUUGCUAAAGAUGCUCAUUUUGCCAUUGAAGACCUCUCCCUUUCGGGAUAUGAUGUGGUUGGGCUAGACUGGUGUGUGCAAACACUGCAUGCUAGAAAAUUAGCAGGUAAUCGUGUAACACUUCAAGGUAACCUGGAUCCAGUCAUGCUGUUUGCUUCAAAAGAUGAAAUAAAAAAGGCUGUGAAAGAGAUGCUGAACAAGUUUGGUACUCAGCGUUACAUUGCUAAUUUGGGUCAUGGUGUUCUGAAAGAUACUGACCCUGACCAUGUGGCUGUGUUUGUGGAUGCUGUACAUAGAUAUUCUGAAGACAUGAAUGCAGUUUCCUAG